CACACACAGUAUAUAAACCAGAGCCACGCAAAUGAAAUCCUGCAACAACAACACCACAAAAAUAAAAGGAUGGACACUUUAAACACCAGAAGGAUAAAUGGGUGAUUUGUCAGGCGAAGGACGCGGACGUUUUGGAGAUAAAGCCUCUCUGGAGGUGUGUUUGAGGACAUUUCUUUUGGUGCCGGUUCUUCUGUAUCUCCUGCCUUUUAACACUUGAUGAUCCAGCGGACUCGUUUGUGUUCACCGUGCCUUAAUCUACUUUUGGGAUAUCUGGAGAACUCUAAAGCGACGCACUCGCACUCGCAUACGCACACGCACUCGCACACGCAUACGCACCGAUUACGCGCGCGGCGUCAUGAAGUUCAAACCCAACCAGACGAGAACGUACGACGGUGAAGGCUUCAAGCAGCGAGCGGCGUGUCUGUGUUUCAGGAACGAGCGAGAAGAUGAGGUGUUGCUGGUGAGCAGCAGUCGUCAUCCGGAUCAGUGGAUCGUUCCUGGGGGAGGAAUGGAACCAGAGGAAGAGCCGUGUGGCGCAGCAGUGCGGGAGGUUUACGAAGAGGCUGGAGUGAAGGGGAAACUGGGUCGCCUCCUGGGUGUGUUCGAGCAUAAUCAGGACAGGAAGCAUCGCACGCACGUGUAUGUCCUGACCGUGACUGAGACUCUGGAAGCAUGGGAAGACUCGGUCAAUAUCGGCCGGAAGCGAGAGUGGUUCCCCGUGGAAGAGGCUAUAAAGAUCCUGCAGAGCCACAAGCCUGUCCAUGCGGAGUACCUGAGACACCUUCAGCUCAGCUGCUCCACCACCAACAACGGGAACAUCCUCCUGCCUCCUCCGCCUCCCAACGACAACACCGCCCGAGCUGCAGCAUGCAGAUAGGACUGCUCGCUCCUUUUCUUUUCUUUUCCUCUCUCCCCCCUCUCGCGUGCAUUCCCUCCAGGAUCAGAUCUCUGUAUCUGUACACACACACACACACACACACACACACACACACACUUGGACAUGGACGUGUUCCUGGAUCGUCCAGGAUUUUUAAAAAAAAGUUUUAAAAAUGCCUUAAAACCGUAAUAAUGUGUGUGUUUUUUAUUAAUUUUUUUUUUAUAUACAUCAUCCGGUUCUUUUCGGAUUCAUCUGCCACUCGCUUUUAUUAUUCACGAUCUCUCCGGCUACGAAUCACGCUCCGCGUUACCUCAGAUGACCCCCUGCAUAUCCUGGAGAUCAUGGACUUGUCCUUUGGAAUCGGUGCCUGCUGUUUUUUUUAAAGGAGCCGUUUGGCAUUUUUAACGUCUGCGGUCGUGCAGCCCGACGCUCCCUCAGCGCCGUGUUUGUCAUUUCCGCCUUCUGCGGUCAAGGAAAAGGGGACCGAGCUAAUAAGCUCGAUUCUGGACCAGAAAACAAAACGGGGAAAAAAAAAGUCACCGGAAGCCUGGAACGAAGAAACUAGCCACGUUUAUCUAUGCGCAGCAAUGUUUUUCCAACAUAUCAUUGAUUUCUGUUCUUCUGGAAACACUUUGAAACAUUUCAGACCGCAGCUUUUUUUUAAACGGGAAAGAAAUGGAAGAGCGUCACAUUCGGGACUUGUUUGUUCUGGUCUUAGGCCCGCUCCGCUCUCUGUUUUAGUCUGGGGUUUGUGUCGAUCCAGUAAAACGAACAGGAAGCCUCAUUGUAACUAAACAAAACAGACCUUUAAUGGCUAUCCCCUCUAACGCUGGUCUGGAGCGGGGCAGGGUGGGACCGACCUCACUUGCAGGGGCGUCUAACAAAAAAUUGUACGUGAGUGUUGAGUAUUGUUUGAUUAAUCGUCUUUUUUCUGUUAUGAUAUAUAUAUAUUUUUUUUUUAAAGAGACAUUCUUAACAGUAGACGUGAUUUAAUCAACCGAUCCCGAGCGAAUGCUGGUCUCCACGUGACUUCUGAAGUGACGCGAGUCAGUGAGGGCGUGUUCGGAUGGGGUCAGUGCGCCACCUUCUGGUGAUGUUCAUGAUGCUCAUUCGCUCUACUUUGUCCAGACGUUUGAAGAUCUAUUCGAGUUCCUACUGAUGCGCCAAAAGCGAAGGAUUUGGAACCUGAAAGCUGAAAUGAAGACACCCUGAGCCUCAAUUCGUGUUCUUUUUUUUUUUUUUCUUUUUUGACCGUUGUGUACAUAUUGUUAAUUGAUUUUGCGUUUUCUUUUGUGAGAGGGGGGGAAAAAAAAAAAUCAGAUCGGCCUACGGUGAUUCUGCGUACAAGUUUCCCAUCCAGCUAGCGGGUUAAAAAUUGACCUCCGUUCACUGCAAACAAACCCUGAAGUUUGAAGUUAAACAGUUACGCCUACAAGCCCGAGGCCGUGUUUAAUCUUCAGUUCAAGGUCAGUAGAAAUCCUGAACAAUCUAAACAAAGUUCUCCGUGUCAGUGAGUAUUGGCUCGGGAGAGCAAAAGGAACAAGUUUUUACCCCCCCCCCCCCCAUCCUGAUUAUUCAUUAUUCAUAUUUGGUUGUGUUUAAACGUUUAAACGUUUUUUUUUUUUUUUUUUUAAGUCAGCUUUUCCAGCAUUUUUGUGACACGUUUUCAGCGUAAAAUAUCUUCAACCCCUACUGCUACCUGAAGAAUGCUGCUAAAAUUUUUUACAAAUCCGACACUCACCUUGAUCAGCUGGAUGUUGUAUUUACCUGAACGCUACGACAAACAAAAAAAAAAAACAGCAGCCCCUCGCUCUGAGACUCGUACGUUGGGUAAAUGGAAUACACGUGGUUCUGUGUGUGUUUUAGUAAAUGGAUGUGUCAUGCUUGUGAAUGUAAAAAUGCCUCGCUAGUGCCAAACGUUCAGGGAUAAACAGAUUAGGAUCGUUCUCUUAAAAUACGCUUAAAGUACUUCCUGUCGUUCCGGACUGCCAGGCCGGAUUUCCUUCGGAACUAGUUGGGUUUACUCCUUUCUUAUUUCCUCGCACAAAUCGCAAAGCCGUCACUUCUUGAUUGUGACCUCGUGUGUGUGUGUGUGUGUGUGUGUGUGUGUGUGUGUGUGUGGUGUAGAAAAGGUCCCUGUUAAAAAGUUCCAGAAGGAUACGGCCCUGGCGCUCCUCCGCUCGGUCACAGGUCCGACCUUGCGUACGUCGUACAGAGCUCGGAACAUGUCGGGAUGGGCACGUUUCCUCUGAGAGCUUCACUGUGGAAGGAUAACGUUAUCAUGUCCGGGUUAUACGUACAGUCGGGGAAUUUUAUUUUUUUUUUGCAGUACUUCAUAUUUCUAGUGUAAUAUACAAACGCUGAUGGUCUAGUAGGCUGUGAAUGCAGUUUGGUUUACGUUUUAUUUUUCCAAUGUCAGUUAUUCGGAUGUACUUGAGCCCAGACGAUGUUUGGACGCUCGCCCGUCUUUCUCUCAACGCAGUCUGGUGAACAGUUCCUCUGUUCUUUUAUGUGACUUUUACGUACCGAGGGAUGUUUGAAUCUGACUGCAGAUUGUCUUGUAUGUCGAAAGAGCUCUUACUCAUAGGGAAGAACUUGAAUAAAGGAAUAAAAGCUUCUGAUUGGUAUC